AUGACUAUUACCACAGUGUUGGACCCUCUCACUGUCCUUCCUCCAGAGAUUGUCCUGCAAAUUUUGGAGUUCACCCCAAUCUCCGCACUCGCAUCCCUGACCGCAACGUCCAAAGCCUGGAACUACUUUAUCGAUGUCACGCACCAAGAGGUCAUCUACGCCUCCGAAUCCAAAACCGCCCAGCCGACCGGGGGUGCUCAUGAUUUCUCCUUUCUGUCGGAAUCCCACAGCUUCACCAAAAUAUGGCAAGGCACGGAAUCAUGGAAAGACCUGUGCAAGCGUCAGACACUGCUGGCCCGCAAUUGGGCCGAGCCGCGUCCGAUCAAUCGGGAAUCAAUACUGCAAGUUGGCAACGAUCCCGUGUGGCGGUUCCGCGCCGACUUUAAGCGUCGCUUUUUCAUUUCCAGUUCCCACGCCGGUGGAUUGAAUGUCACUGAUAUGGACACCGGCAAGAUACUAUGGCACGAAGAUGGAGUCCGUCCAUAUGCACACUUGGAGUACCAAGACGGAAUGGUUGUGUUUGAUAGCGACGGAGAUUCAAUCGAGGUCUGGCAAGCAGACCAACCAGGUGCCAAGCGUGGAGAGUUCCAGCGCAUUGCGAGGUUGAACCACGAUUGCCAGACCAGGGGAUUUCAAUUAUCGUACUGGACGCUCUGUGUCGUUUCCAAUGAGGGUCAGGGCUUUGUGUACGAUAUGACGCAACGACCACCUCAGUUGAAGACUCAUCUGAAGAUCGAACGAGAUGGCAUCGGCCAUCUAGAUCAGAGCGAAGACAUUGUGAUCUACUCCAUGGGCAGAAAGGGUUAUUUUGCCUACAGUAAAGAGUCUGGUGCGUUUCUAGGUACUUUUCAGCCGUCGCAGGUGACGAAAAGGUAUCAUGCCGGCCCACCCCCGCCAUCAAACACAUCUCCAGGUGAGGCAUUAGCAGGAGCUGCGCGACUUGGUCCAACACAUCGCUUCUUCCCUCCAGGAGCUCCCCGUACAGACUGCCUGGUGCCGAUCGAAAUAUCAGAAGGCCCUCUUUCUCCACCAGAUGACCCAGACCAUGUCUGGCACAGAGAGGAUGAUUGGGGGGCGGGAAUGCUGCAAGGCGAUCUAUUUGUCGGUUUCUCUCGUGCAGGUCGUGUGUUCAUUUGCUCCGAUUUCCGUAAGGCCCUUCAAAGCCCGGAAGCUCUCGUGGCGAACAGCUCUAUCUUAGAAUGCGAGUCGGAUGGUUCAGGCUUUGACCUUGGUGGCUGGCUAUCGAUUCGUAACCACCGCGUUAUGUUCGAGAUACAAGACCGAGUCUAUGUGGUCGCUCUCGAUGACAACAACCAUAUUCAAAACGUUAAAAAUCCUGCCCGGGCUUCAUAUUCCCUGCUCACCAGCUCCGCCCCACAGCUCGCUGUUCCGAUCAGUUAUAUGGCAUUGGCUGACGAUGCCAUCAUGACUACAUAUACCACCCUUGGAUGGCGUCAUUCCGAUGUCCCGGAUGGGCAACCCCCUCGGCAAGGCGCCAACCCUCCCCGCGUCUUCUCUACCAAGGCCAUUCGCAUUAUCAGCUUAGAUCCCGGGUUGUCCGACAAGUCUAGCGCUACCUACAAUUCAAAUGAGUCUCCUGUGGCGAAUGUAGAAGGUCAAGAAGGCACUAGUCAGACAUUGCCUGGGACGGAGGCUUGGCCUGCGCAAGCUGCGCUCUUGCAAUUGCUCAGCAUGCUUGGAGAACAAGCAGACUUCGAGGAAUCUGAUGUUGAAGAGGACGAGUGGGAGAGUGUGGGCGAGGGUGACGAGGAGGAGGAAGAGGAAGAAGAAGAAGAAGGACCAAAUGAACACGAGGGGGCUUAG